GUUCUUAUCCCAAUAGUCACUAUCAAAUUAAGCCUGAGUUAUUACAAAUAAUUAUGCAAAAUUGGCAACUCAAUAAUCUUGUAUCAGCACAAUCAGAUAAUUUGAAACUUGUUAAAAUUUUAAAGUUUAUACAACCAAGAGCAACUUUGGGAAUUGAAGACAUGAUUACCAGUGCUAAAUCUUUCCCUGAAGAAAUGCUAUCACCUAAAAAAAUCAAUGUUGGAUUGCCAAAUGAUAUAUAUAAUACUUUAGUAGA